CAAGAUCAGGGGUACGGUUCCCCUUUUUUGGCAUAUUUUCCGCAGAGGGCUGAACACCUAACGUGGAGAAGGUCAUUCGGCACGUUGCUGAUUGGCGUUGGUUGGAUAAUAGAACUCUGGCACAUUGGCUCUGGCAGCUGGGCGUUGGUUCUUACGAGACCAAGAAUCGAGUCUCAGGUGGUGGUAAUAAAAAGACAGAUUUUCUGCCAUCGGUCCCGGGUUUGGGUUGAACGAAAGGGCGUUCAGGCGUGACCGCGUCACCGCGAGACGAUCUGUGGGUCAAUCGAGCGGAACAUGGUAAACAUAAUCUGAGUACAGGUUCGGUAUAAAACUAUCUGAUCAAGACGGGAGGGCCGUUAGUUUUUGCGGGAAAGUGUGUCGCGUAACUUGGUUGAUUUAUUGGCGUAAUAAUUAUGGAGUGGCAAAUUGUACUGGCCCUCGGGUUGGUUUUGAGUUCGAUUGAUUGUAGUGAUCAGGCCCAUGCUAGGUCAUAUGUGUAUCGAAGCUAUGACGCAACCCCAGGACACGUGGUCUAUGUGAGUCCUUUGUCGAGUGAGCCACGUGUCGUUCAUCGAUCAGGAGAUGGAUCGUACAAAGUGAGGUCAAACGACGAGUUCCAUGACCCUGGUAGUGAAUCUGAUAGUCGCACUGAAGGUAGUGAAGAAGAUGAACGCAAAGUAUUACACACUAAACAUUCCUCAGAAUCAGGUGAAUCUCAUGAACAGGAACAUUAUUCUAAAAAGGGUGAAAGGGGUUCCAGUGGCCAUAAGUCAAAUCACGGUGUUAAAAAGGGCAACAAGGGAAGUUACGACAAAGAAGAUCAUUCUCACUCGUACGCCAACGAAGGUGAUCGUAAAAAGUCUUAUCAUGAUGAGGAUUCCCACCAUAAUCAUCAUCACGCACAGGCACACCAAUCGAAAGGAGGCAAACACGGUGAAAAGAAAUAUCACAAGAAAGGCUCCAAAACGACCGGAUAUCACAACGUUUUCCACAAGGACGAGUUCAAGAAGGAGCACAUCUUCUACGACACUGCCGAUCACAGCGGCCACUUCAAGAAGUACGGAUCCGCGCACAAGCAUCACGCUAACGAGGCGGAGGAUUACGUCAAGGGAGGCCACAAGGAGGAAGCCCACUCGGAGAAGAAAGACUCUCGCCGGGGUCACUCGGAGGAGGGCAAAUACGACAGUCAUCAUCACGAUUUCAAGAAGCAGCGAUCCGACACCAAGGACUAUCGGGAUCGGGAGGAGUUCGGGAAGAAAGAUGGCCAUAAUGGAGCUCGGACCCAUGGAUAUACGAUUUACCAUACGUAG